AUGAGAGGCUUAUUCAUUCUUCUGUUCCUUUUAGCAUUGAUUUUAGCUGUUGUCUUUGGUGUUCUAUCUACCUCAGAUAAUCCCGACAUGGAUACGGAUCCGGACUCGGAUAAUUUGCCGUUGCCCCUGACUAGUAAACAUGAUACAGCGAUAUUGGCUGCUCCGGAUGGCACAGUUUAUUUAGUGGAGAUUGGUUCAGGAAAAAUUCUGUGGUCGUUCUCUUCUGGACCAUCAAUUUAUUCCUCAUAUCAGCAGCUCCCUAAAUAUGAAGGUGAAAAGCUCAACGCCUCUGCUGAAAGCGAUAAUUUCUACAUAGAUUGUGGAGAAGACUGGGAGCUCUACUUGCAUGGAACUGGCCUGAAAAGAGUGAAACUCCCAGUGAGCGCCGACGAAUUUGUAAAACGCACUCCAUACGUGUCGGCUGGUGGAGGGAUUGUGCUAGGAUCAAAGAAAACUGCUGUAUUUCUUGUUGAUGCUAAAACUGGAAAGGUUAUUCGUACUUUUAGAUCAGAUAAUAUUGAUGAGACCUCUACGCUAACCAGGGGUGACAUUGAAGAAUGGGUACCCUCUACAGUGAACCCAGACGCUGUCGACAGGCCACUCUAUGUCACGAGAACUGACUAUGCCCUCAAGUAUACCUCUGCCCAGACCGGAAAAGUUUUAUGGUAUCUAAUGUUUGCUGAUAUUGAGGCUUCCUUCCAGUGUGAAGGAAUCGAAAAUUUUCUGGGCGGAUUCACGCGCGAUAAAAAGUUUAGACCAGGUCAGGGGUUCGAGAUGAAGCUGCCUUUGCAUUGUGAGACGAGGCCAGUGGUGUACCGUGUACGUGACCGUAGCUCUUUAGAGCCUCUUUUUGAAGCUAAUGGGCAAAAAGGUGCUCUUCCUGGUGUCGAAACACUUUCUUUACCCCACUCUAGCAAUCUUGAUUUAGAGCCAAUGAAAGAAAUGUUAUCUCCUCUUCACAGUAAGGAUGUUGAUAGGCUUGGCCUCCCUAUUCCUGACUAUGAUGAAGUUGAAGUUAAGAGUCUUCCGGGUAGUGUUACUCAAGAAAAUAGCCUUGUGGAAUUGGAUACCGGAGCACAGUCUCAUUUUUGGCCUUCAAUGCUUCAUUUUGGUUUCUUACCAAUAGCAGUAGCUUUCUUUUCCUGUGUUAGAUGUGUUCUUAUUCGAAAACAGGGUAAUAAGUUAAAAGAAAGGUCAGAAGAUGUCAAAUCGAAAAAUGUCACGCCGAAAAAGAAGAAAAGCCGGAAAUCUUCAGGCAGUAGACAUAAUAUUGUUGUUGAGAAAAGGCAUGUAGAUUAUCUUCCAUCAGUCAUCACUGGGGAUGCUGUUGAAAAUGGCACUUCUCCGGACGUGCGUAGGAUUGGUAAAUUGGUUCUCUCUAAUAAAGAAAUCGCAAAGGGAAGCAAUGGGACAGUUGUGUUCGAAGGAACUUACGACGGCCGUUCAGUUGCCAUCAAGCGUCUUGUCCGGACCCACCACAAUGUGGCUGUGAAAGAGAUAGAGAAUCUAAUAGCAUCUGAUCAUCAUCCAAAUAUUGUACGGUGGCAUGGGGUCGAGUACGAUCAGGAUUUUGUCUAUAUCUGUCUUGAGAGGUGCACGUGUAGUAUGCAUGAGUUGAUCUUGUUCUGCACUUACGAGAAUCAAGCUGAUGAGUCUCUGUCUCUUGUUGGCUGUAAUGUGCAACUUCUGAAGACUUUUGGAAGUGGGAAGGAACUCGAGUUGUGGAAGGUUAAUGGAUAUCCAUCUGCGAGGUUAUUGAAAUUAAUGAGGGACAUUGUUUGUGGACUUGCUCAUUUACAUGAACUCGGAAUCGUACACCGAGACUUAAAACCUCAAAAUGUUCUUAUAAUCAAAGAUCGAUCAAUAUCGGCAAAAAUUUCGGACAUGGGUAUUAGCAAGCUCUUAGAUGGAGAAAUGUCAUCCUUAACCAAGCAUGCCACCGGAUAUGGUAGUUCCGGGUGGCAAGCUCCAGAACAACUGCGUCGUGAACGGCAUACUCGUGCAGUUGAUUUAUUCAGCUUAGGCUGCAUUCUCUUUUUCUGCAUAACCGGAGGCAAGCACCCUUUUGGUGAAAGUCUUGAACGUGAUGUAAACAUAGUCAACGACCGGAAAGACCUCUUCUUGAUCGACCACAUACCUGAAGCUACUGAUCUCAUCUCUCGACUGCUAGACCCGGACCCUUACUUGAGGCCAAAGGCUACAGAAGUAAUGCAGCACCCUCUGUUUUGGGACCCGGAAAAACGGCUCUCUUUCCUUCGAGAUGCCAGUGAUAGAGUUGAGCUCGAGGACCGGGAAAAUGGGUCCCAGCUAUUAGUGGAUCUGGAAAACGCUGGAAAAGCUGCUUUGGGGGGCAAAUGGGAUGAAAAAAUGGAGAAUGCCUUUCUUAAUGAUAUCGGUCGUUAUAGACGCUAUAAGUUUGAUAGUGUACGUGACUUGUUACGUGUCAUACGCAACAAAUUGAAUCAUUUCAGGGAACUUUCCAAGGAGAUACAAGCACUAUUGGGCCCUGUCCCCGAUGGUUUCGACUCAUAUUUCACAUCCAGGUUUCCUAAACUUCUGAUUGAGGUAUAUGGGGUGUUUUUUAGAUAUUGUUCUAACGAAGAAGUAUUUCACAAGUACUUCCGAGGUAGUAGGUUUUAA